AUGACGUGUGGGGAGAAGAUAACAGAGACUGGAUCCUGCCAGCCUCAGCCUUCCUGCCAUGAGUGCAUUCAGUCACACCCCAGUUGUGCCUGGUGCAAGCAGCCGGAUUUUGUGCAAGCAGGAGAGUCUGACGCAGAACGUUGUGCCCCUCGGCUAGAGCUGGAGCAUCGUGGCUGCCUUCCUAGUGAGAUCAUGGAUCCCCAAGGCAAGCAGCAUAUUUUGGAGGACAGGCCUCUGAAAGAUAACAUGUACCAUGAAAACAUCAUUCAACUAUCACCUCAAAGAAUUGUUCUUCAGCUUCGGCCUGGGUUUGGUGCCUUUGUGGACAAGACCAUGCUGCCUUAUGUAAAUAUGGUUCCUUCCAAACGGAAAAAUCCCUGCCAAGACCCAAAGGAGAAUUGCCAGUCGGCGUUCAGCUUUCAGCAUGUGCUCCCUCUCACUGAGAACGCCAGUGAGUUUGAGAGCAGGGUCAGUCAGCAAGGCAUCUCCGCCAACCUGGAUUAUGCAGAAGGAGGCUUUGAUGCUAUUAUGCAGGCAGCCAUUUGCAAGGAGCAGAUUGGCUGGCGUAAUGUGACAAGUCUGCUGGUUUUCACUUCAGAUGGCACUUAUCACACUGCAGGGGAUGGAAAAUUGGGAGGGAUCUAUAUGCCCAAUGAUGGCCGCUGCCACCUGGAUGCCAACGGUGUAUACAGCAAAAGUCACCUCUAUGACUAUCCUUCUCUUGGGCACUUGGCUGAAGUGUUGUCCAAAUCUAACAUCCAACUCAUAUUUGCCGUGACUAGGACCAGGCUCUCCUUAUAUAAGGAGCUGAGCAAGCUUAUUCCAAAGUCAGUGGUGGGGGAACUGAAGUCGGACUCCAGAAAUGUGGUGCAGCUCAUAGAAGAUGCCUAUAAAAGUCUCGCCUCCACAGUGAAACUGGGACAUUUCUCAGACCUUCCGCCUGGGAUCUCCAUUGCUUAUGACUCCCAUUGUGGGGACAUAGAAACCUAUGGGCAGACAGAGGGUGGAGAAUGCAGUGACGUGUCUGUCCACCAGUUGGUGCAAUUCACAGUGAAGAUAAUGGCAACCACCUGCCUCCCUGAGUCCCAGAAACUGAUGUUGCGAGUUUUGGGAGUGGGAGAGGAGGUCCAAGUAGAGCUGUCGACAGUCUGUGAAUGCCAGUGUGGAGAUGCCCAGCCUGAUGCAAACCACUGCUCUGGUGGACAUGGCAACCUCACCUGUGGCAUUUGCAGAUGUCAUGAAGGCUAUGUUGGCCGGCGCUGUGAUUGCAGGAAAGAGGAACUACUAAGUUCAGAAACUGUGAGCUUAGCAAGUGGGCCCUUCUGCAGUUGUGACAACGUUGCUUGCGAACGACAUAAUGGGCAACUCUGUGCAGGUAACGGGCAGUGCCGGUGUGGCUAUUGCCAAUGCCAGGCCAACUACACUGGCAGCGCGUGUGAGUGUAACCUGGAUACCAGUGGAUGCACUCAGGAGGGCAAGAUCUGCAAUGGGCAUGGCCACUGCGUCUGCAACCGAUGUCAAUGUGACACUGGGUGGUUGGGCGUCCACUGUGCUGACCUCCAGAUGACCUGUGAAGCACACAGGGAUUGUGCCGAGUGCAAGGCUUUUGGGACUGGACCACUGAGUCAGAACUGUAGCAAUUCCUGCAGCCAAACGGUGAGAGUGUUGGUGGCCCCUGUGGAUAAGAGAUGGUGCCAGGUGAAAGGAGGAGAUGGACGCCUCCUCAUCUACCUCAUUGAGAAGGACAAGACAGGAAGCAUCCUCCUCACAGUGAAUGACCAAAAGGUGCCAGAUUCUACCAGGUGGCCAAACCUGAUGCCAGUGUUACUGAGUGCGCUGACUGUGGUGAGCAUAGGGGUGCUUCUCAUUGCCCUGCCCCGUGGCAUUGUGGAGAUCUGUGACCGGAGAGAGUUCAGACGCCGUGAAAAAGAACAAAAAAGUGCCAAGUGGUCUCAGGUGAACAACUUCAGGUUCAGGAGUGCCACAACAGUCAUCAACCCCCAGGACAAUGGUUAUGAAAACAUUGCAAACAAAACUUGA